AGGGGUUGGAGAUUCGUGAUCCUUGAGAUCCCUUCCAACCCAGGCCAUUCUGUGAUUCUGCGAUACGACUCAGCUCUUGCUGAGCAGUGCACUCUGAGGCAAGGACCUCCCAGCUUCUCACACUGCAGUGCAGUGGGGGGCUGCUGGGGCAUGUGGAGCCGUGGCCACAUAGCUAGGAUAGCUGAUCCCAACUUUCCAAAAGGAUGUCCCACAUAUUAUGGCGUCACACUGAAGAAUAAAGGGGGGCCGGCUGUGGGAACUGCCCCGCUCAGGGACCAGCUGGGCACUGGUCAGCAGGUGGCGAGCAAUUGCGAUGCCAGGGCCCGCGGCUGAAGUACAAGGGGCCCUGCAAGAUGGCGACGGAGGGCCGAGGCGCCACAGGGUCGUGGCAGCACAGCGCCGAGUUCACCGCCAGCCCCGCGAGACACGGGGACACCGAAGCGCUCCGCACGCAAGUGACCUCACCGCGCAGCUCAGGGCGUCGCAGCGUCGCUACGCAACAGCCCGCGCACCCACCCUCCCUAUCACGUGAUACUCCCCUCCCCGGAUAGGCAGCUGCCCCAUGCGCACGCUUAUCUCCACGGUUCACUUCCUUUCCUACCAUAGAGUUCGGAGGGAUGCUAGCUAGUCAGUGUGUCGGCGAGAAUCCCGGAAGUGGCUGCGUUUGGGGCGGCUCCUCGCGAGGGUGGUUUAAGGCGGCGGGCGGCAAGAUGGCGGAGUUUGCCAACGCAACCCACGAGGUCGUCAAUGUCACCCUCCGCACCACUCUGGCUGCUACCACCAAGCUGGUGAUGCCUACACCUGCCAAACCCAUUCUUCCUGUUCAGACUGGAGUCCAGGCACAGCAAGAGGAGCAAUCCAGUGGCAUGACCAUUUUUUUUAGUCUUCUCGUAUUAGCUAUCUGCAUCAUAUUGGUGCACUUACUGAUAAAAUACCGACUUCAUUUUUUACCAGAAAGUGUAGCUGUUGUUUCCUUAGGUAUCCUUAUGGGAGCUUUUAUAAAAAUCAUAGAGGCUCAGAAGCUGGCCAACUGGAAGGAGGAAGAAAUGUUUCGUCCAAAUAUGUUUUUUCUGCUUUUGCUUCCACCUAUUAUAUUUGAAUCUGGAUAUUCAUUGCACAAGGGCAAUUUUUUUCAGAACAUAGGCUCCAUCACACUAUUUUCUGUAUUUGGCACAGCAAUAUCAGCUUUCAUAGUAGGUGGAGGGAUUUAUUUCCUGGGCCAGGCUGAUGUAAUUUAUAAACUCAACAUGACAGACAGUUUUGCAUUCGGCUCUUUAAUAUCUGCAGUUGAUCCUGUGGCUACUAUUGCCAUUUUCAAUGCUCUCAAUGUGGAUCCUGUACUUAACAUGCUGGUUUUUGGAGAAAGCAUUCUCAAUGAUGCAGUCUCUAUUGUCUUGACCAACACUGCAGAAGGUUUGACAAGAGAAAACAUGUCAGAUGUAAGUGGAUGGCAAACUUUUCUACAGGCGCUGGGAUACUUUCUUAAGAUGUUCUUUGGCUCUGCAGCACUUGGAACACUUACUGGCCUUAUUUCUGCAUUAGUGCUAAAGCACAUUGAUUUAAGAAAGACUCCCUCUCUAGAGUUUGGGAUGAUGAUUAUCUUUGCUUAUCUUCCUUAUGGACUUGCAGAAGGUAUCUCACUCUCAGGUAUCAUGGCAAUCCUGUUCUCUGGCAUCGUGAUGUCCCACUAUACACACCAUAACCUCUCCCCUGUUACACAGAUAUUAAUGCAGCAGACACUGAGAACCGUUGCUUUCAUGUGUGAAACGUGUGUUUUUGCAUUUCUUGGCCUGUCUAUUUUUAGUUUUCCUCACAAGUUUGAGAUGUCCUUCGUCAUCUGGUGCAUAGUACUUGUUCUAUUUGGUAGAGCAGUGAAUAUUUUCCCCCUUUCCUACCUACUCAACUUUUUCCGUGAUCAUAAAAUCACCCCUAAAAUGAUGUUUAUCAUGUGGUUUAGUGGUUUACGUGGUGCAAUUCCCUAUGCACUCAGCCUCCAUUUGGGCUUGGAACCAAUAGAGAAGCGUCAGCUCAUUGGAACAACUACAAUCAUCAUAGUGCUGUUCACAGUUUUGCUGCUGGGAGGAGGAACUAUGCCCCUUAUCAGACUGAUUGACAUUGAAGACUCCAAAGCACGCAAGAGGAACAAAAAAGACAUUAAUCUUAGCAAGACAGAGAAAAUGGGAAAUACCAUAGAAUCCGAGCAUUUAUCAGAGCUCACAGAGGAGGAAUAUGAAGCCCAGUACAUAAAACGCCAGGACCUCAAAGGGUUUAUGUGGCUUGAUGCUAAGUAUUUGAAUCCUUUCUUCACCAGAAGACUCACACAAGAAGACUUGCAUCAUGGGCGCAUACAGAUGAAAACUCUCACAAACAAAUGGUAUGAAGAGGUACGACAAGGACCCUCGGGCUCUGAAGAUGAUGAGCAAGAGCUGUUGUAGCAGACCAGGGAAGAAGCGUAGGGAGUUUAUCAUUAUACUUUAGAAAGUGAAUUUAAGUAUCAAGCGUGUAACUGCACAAAAGCUUCUGAUUUUGGGCAUAUCUUGUUCUGUAUGUUUAAACAUCAAAAAGCAGAUCUACUUUGCUUGAUAUUAUUAGUCAGUGACUGAGCCACUUAAGUGUCAGACUCUGGACUGAAUGAAGAACUUUCCAGCUUUUACAUCACAGCAAAUUUAAUGCAGCCUGUGGAAGCAUCUGCCAUGAAAUUGUUUAAUUGUUUUUGGUUUUUUUGUUUAAUUUUAAUUGUUGUUUAAUGUGGGUCCUAUUAUAAAGCCUGCUGUGAAUGUUUGAAGUACAGAGCCAUCAUAUGACUGCAAAAUAGGGUGAGUUGCAGCUUUUUUUUUUUUUCUUUUAAAAUAUGUACCGAUUCACAUGGAGAGGCUUGACAGUUUAAACUAUGACUUUUGUUUCAGCACUAGUAAGGGAGUCUGGCUGGGAUAAAUCCAUGAUUUAUGAGACUUACAGGAUCAAAGAAUGAUUUGGGUUUGAAGAGACCUUAGAGAUCAUCCAGUUCCAACCGCCUCUGCCUUGGGGGUAUUGAAGUCCACAGACUUGCACGUUUUGAAUCCACAGAAGAUCAUUGCCUUGACAAAUAGCAGAUGCUGCACACAAAGAACCUCUUAAUACCUCCAUAUUUUUGUCAUAUAAAAUUGUCUUGGGAUAUUUAAUGGGAUGGAUGUUUUAUUUUUAUAUUCUGAGAUGUUGUCCUAAUCAGUGCUGUGGGUUAGACAUGACUUGCAAGAGGUGGGGAUCCGUUUGACAUUAAAACUGCAAUUUCAAA